AUUGGAAACAGAGGCAGAGCCAGAGGAGUGAGAGUAAGAGGAGGAGGACGGGGAGGACAAGGACAAGGAUGAGGACGAGGAAGGCCAAGGACCGUAAUCUCUGAUGAGAUCCGAGCCACUUUGGUUGAUCAUGUGGUCAACCAUGGUCUAACAAUGAGGGAGGCUGCGCAAAGAGUACAGCCAAAUUUGAGCAGGUACACUGUAGCAUCCAUCAUCCAGACAUUCCGAAAUGAGAAUAGAACUGAAAGAUUACCAACACAAGGUGGUCGGGAACGUGUUCUGUCUCCUGAACAGGAAACUGAAAUCAUGAACAUGGUCCUAGAAAAUAACGGCAUAACAUUACGGCAAAUACCAAGAAAAAUAAUUGAAAACAAUGAGAUAUUUCAAAAUAUUGAUAGGGUAAGCUUAUCAACACUGGACCGUGUCUUGCGCAGAAAUAAUCUCAGGAUGAAGCACGUCUACAGGGUGCCAUUUGAACGCAAUUCAGAAAGAGUCAAAGAAUUGCGAUAUAACUAUGUGCAAAGAGUCCUUGAGCUAGAGGUGGCUGCAGUGGAGCACCAGUUCAUCUUCAUUGAUGAGGUUGGAUUCAACCUCACAAAAAGACAAAAGAGGGGAAGGAAUAUCAUCGGCCAGCGUGCCAUUGUUCAAGUCCCUGGCCAGCGCGGAGGGAACAUCAUGUGUGCAGCGAUUACCCACCACGGCGUCAUCCAUCACCAUGCUACCCUUGGCCCCUACAACACCGCCCAUCUGAUCACAUUCCUGGACACCCUACACAACACACUCAUUCCACCAGAUCAGGUAGAUGGCCCAGAGCAGCUCAGGUACGUUGUCAUUUGGGACAACGUAAGUUUCCACAGGGCUGCUCUGGUUCGUAACUGGUUCACUGCACACCCACGCUUUUUAGUAGUUUAUCUCCCUCCAUAUUCUCCAGUCCUCAAUCCUAUUGAGGAAUUUUUUUCUGCCUGGAGAUGGAAAGUGUAUGACCGAAAUCCACAAACGCAUAUACCUCUUCUCCAAGCUAUGGAAGACGCAUGUGGAGAUAUAGCAGCUGAUGCUUUUCAUGGCUGGAAUCGCCAUGCUAGGCGAUAUUUCCCCCGCUGCUGCUUGGCCAGGGAAAACAUUGCUUGUGAUGUGGAUGAGGUGCUGUGACCAGACCGCAACAGAAGAGAGGAUGCAGCACAGCACAGUUUUUUAUUUUAUUUUUGUAUUUUUUUGUAUGUAGACCACUGUAUGUGCAACUUUGUGUUGGUUGGGAAUGGGAUGUACACUGUGUACAUUG